AUGGUCGACCGAUUUUCACGUUGGCCCGAGGCCGUACCGCUACACGAUGUAACCGCGUCAUCCGUCGCAAAAGCAUUUUAUAACAACUGGGUAUCUCGUUUUGGUUCUCCACAAGUCAUCACGACUGAUCAAGGAGCCCAAUUCGAAUCCCAAAUAUUCAAAUCUCUUCUUUCGUUUAUCGGUUUCCAGCGAAUCCGUACCACUGCGUAUCACCCUGCAGCUAACGGGAUGGUCGAACGAUGGCACCGUAGCCUUAAGACCGCCCUGAUGUGCCACUCCGAUACUCCGUGGACACGUUCACUAUCCACUGUACUGCUAGGGCUGCGUACUCAUUUGCGCUCAGAUACCGGUGCCUCACCAGCCGAUUUCCUUUAUGGAACAUCACUGCGUAUACCGGGUGAAUUCCUCUCAUCACCCGACUUUAAACCAAAUCCUCAAAUCUUCCUCGAAGAUUUCCGAGAAUACAUGCGAUCCGUCAAGCCUGUACCCGUAACGCAUAAUUAUAAGUCAAAAGCCUUCUUCUUUAAAGAUUUAACUUCUUGUACGCAUGUUUUUAUGCUGGUUAAAACCAAAAAGUCGUUAGAGCAACCGUAUUCGGGACCGCACAAGAUAUUAGAGCGUAACUCCGACCGCGUUUUUACUAUAGAUAUUAACGGAAGCCCCCGCAGUGUUUCCGUCGAACACCUCAAACCGGCGUACUUCGUACCGGACAACUUAGCUCCUUGCGAACCAACACAAGCUUCCGAUUCUCUACCGUCCACUAGUCUUAAGCGUCCUGUUACUUUUAGCGACAAAAUUAUGGGUAAAACUGUUACCCUGCCUAGUCAAACACAAGAGAUUCGCCCUGUUCUUAAGACAUAUUCACGGCGUAAAUAA